UGUUUGAUUGUUUUGAGUUUUUAGUCACAGCCAUCGAAGAUUUAGACAAAAAUUGGGAGCAUACAGAAGCGGUAAACUUUGCAAGAUCUGGCGUUGAACUGAAACUUACAUAUGGAGAAAAAAUUCUCAAGUAACUUUGUACAUAGAGACCAAACAUAACAGACUGUAUGUAGCUACAAAUGUGGUAUAAAGUGUCUCGAACGAGAUUAUCUUAACAGUCGCGUGCGCAGUGUCAGAGCCCCGCCUCAAACGGCCAAUCAUGUUGUCUGUAGUGCUUCUCUUCCUAGCCACCGCUGUCCUCGACUGUACACAAGCCGAUGCAGUACCAAAAUCAGCAAAAAUUCUGGACACAUUCAUGAAUCCAGCUUAUAUUCCGCCAGAGGAAAAGCAUGGAAGCUAUUGGAGACGUGAUGCGGCAAAUACCCUAAAAGCAAAACUCCAAGAAAAACCAAAUACCAAUAAGGCAAAGAAUGGUAUUCUAUUUAUUGGGGAUGGUAUGUCGUUGGCGACCAUCAUGGCUGCCAGGACAUUCUCCGGACAAAUGGAUCAAAGUCCAGGAGAAGAUUCAGUUUUGGACUUCGAAAAGUUUCCAGUUAGCGGGUUGGCUAGGACUUACUGCAUCGACGCUCAGGUUCCUGAUUCCGCGUGCACAGCCACGUCCUACCUCACCGGCGUGAAGACCAAGUAUGGAGUCAUAGGCCUGGAUGGAAACGUCACCAGAGGAUCCUGUUCCUCGCAACUACAUGAGCCCAACUGGGCCCCGUCGAUAGGCCAGUGGGCCUUCGACCAAGGCCUUGAUAUCGGUCUGGUGACUACAACACGUGUAACUCACGCGUCUCCAGCGGGUGUGUACGCGCACACCUCCGAACGAAACUGGGAGUCUGAUGCGGACGUGCCAACGGAAUGCCUGGCCGUCGGGUGCAGAGACAUCGCCUACCAGCUGGUCACCAACAGCCCCGGAAGACACUUAAAGGUGAUAAUGGGUGGUGGGAGAAGAGAGUUCUUGCCGAAUGUGACUUCACUUGUUGGUACCAACAAAGGCAAGCGGCUCGAUGGAGUCGACCUCACGGAACUGUGGCAUGUCGACAAGCAACAGAAGAACGUCACGCACCAAUACGUCAUAGAUAGAACUGAACUCAUGAAGGUUUUCUACUCGGACGACCUUCCCGAGUAUUUAUUAGGUCUUUUCCGUGAUGACCACAUGGACUAUCAUCUGAAAGCUGAAAACCAACCCUCGUUAGAAGAAAUGGUAGAAGUCGCCAUCAAGAUGUUGAGCAGAAACCCUAAGGGGUACUUCUUAUUUGUUGAAGGUGGCCGAAUAGACCACGCUCACCACGACAGUUUAGCCCAUCUCGCUCUUGACGAAACAGUUGAAUAUUCCAAAGCCGUCAAAAAGGCAAGAGCUUUAACAAAUGAAGAGGACACUUUAAUAGUGGUUAGUUCAGACCAUGCACACACUAUGACAGUAGCUGGGUACCCGUCAAGAGGAAACGAUAUCCUGGGCACAGUUGAUACAGCUACUGGUUUAGAUGGGAAACCUUACACCACUAUUAGUUAUGCGAAUGGAAAAGCACAUUCCAUUGGACUGGACGGCACCAGAGUAGAUGUGACGCUACAAAAUGAAUUUAAUACGCGUGACGUCAACUACGCCUACCCUAGUCUAGUUCCCCUCGACUCGGAGACCCACGGGGGUGAAGAUGUGGCGGUGUACGCCUCCGGCCCGUGGCAGCACCUGUUCACAGCCAGUUACGAACAAAACUUGGUACCACACCUCAUGGCCUAUGCCAUGUGCAUAACUGAAGACAAACAUGAAAAUUGUAUCUCAAAUAACAGAACAUCUAGCGGUGUCAGUACAUAUCCUACAACUUUAUUAAUAAGCUCAACUGUGAUGAUUGUUUUAAGGUUAUUUUAUUAGGACAUUUUGAAAAAAAAAUUCGCUGCUAUUUAUAAGGUAGUAAAGUAGACGAGAGUGUAAAAACGCUUUGCGGAAGUUACCCGUAGCGAAACAUUGUUGCCCCAUCUGAGAACUAAAGAAAUGUAUUGAAAUUCAUGAUUAAAUUAAUCAUUAGCGGGGUAACAGUCCCUUCAAAAAAUAUUCGUUUGUUUACUUAUGUUAAAGACGAAAGGGUCUUUGUGCACGUAACUUUUAAUGUUUGUGAAAUCACCCGCGAUGGAAGGAUUAAAAAAGUCUUAGUAGGAAAAUUGUUUGGCUGAGGAAAGAUUUGCCGGUUGCCAGUUAAAGCUUAAAAAAAUUGACCACUUAACUUGACAUGUUACAAAAACCACGAACAUAACACAUAGUACAUUUUUUGACACAGAAUUAGUCAAAUAAGGUAAAAUUGAAUUUAUAAAAAAAUAUCACAGUGCUGUGAACUAUAAUAACUUAAAUU